AUGACUGUCGAGCCAGCUGCUGCCGACGAGUUAAAGCCAGUUUACAGAUAUCUACCCAGCGCCGAUAAGUUGAUAAUUAAACGACAUGUCCCUACUGCUGUCAUGCCCUUGGUUGGCGACUUCGUCGUCUUCUCCAUCGAUCCAGUCGCCUCCGUCGCACAUCUGGACAAGGUUGCCAGGCAAGCUGCCAAGAAGAUUAGGACACAUCGUCAUGUUGGACUGGUCAUGAUGAUGCAGGGCCUACCGAUGGACGAUGACCCGGUCAACGCAUUCACGUUUGCCUUUCUCAGGAAGGGUUUACCUCCAACGGCACCACCAGGCAGCUUCGCAGACCUUUGCAUCCCCGCUCUCCCAAACACCUUCCACCCGACAGUAACUGAGCCGCUACGCCCCAUACACCCUUUACCGUGGGAUGAUUGUUAUAUCAGUGCGACCGACGACUUGGGCUUCCGUAACUUGCGCGUAAAGACAACCUCUCGGGACUAUACGCCUAUCCUUCCGCUUGAGCCUGAAGAAGUAUGGCGUCUUACAUGUUUCAUCGACGACAGUGAGGCUGUCACGGAGGAGAGGAUGCGACGGAUCCGAAGGGGUUCACUCAAUGUUAUCGCCGACAUCCCUCUUCCCGAGUCUCCUACUUCAGCCAAACCUCUAUCAUUACCUGACCCUCCAAUCAUGGACCGCGCCGAGCCGCCGACAGAUGGACUCUCUGUUCACUCACUUUCGUCAUCCUACGUGCAACGACUCAAUGGUCUAUCUACUCACGACGACGAUGCCUCCAUGAUCGGUAGCAUUGACACUGCGUCGAGCUCUCCAGGGGGCCUCCCAUCGCCUUGCUCGGAUGAUAUUGACGUGGGGUUCAUCCAACAGUUCGAACAUUUUCUGAACAACGGCGGAAGCGUAGAUGACCCAGUGGUUGACAUCUGGUAUGACCUCGACAUGGUGAAGGAAGUGGUUGAUAUCUCGUUGUUCCUAAAGGAGAUCGCCCAGAUCAGACAGGUUAUAGAGGAUGCUGAAGAGCGGUUGGGUAUCCGCGCUGCCAGGGAUGCGGCAGCUGCUGAACUGAAGGAACUACGUGCUCGUCAGGCAGAGGAAGCUAGGGAGCACACUGAAAAGAGUGUAAGACGUAGCAGUGGUCUAUUGAGCAAGUUCUCGGGCCUUCUGCACUCGACUCUCCACGUUUUCGUCUGCCAGUCCGCCAUUCACGACGACUAG